UCUAGUCCUGUCUUGGCCGCCACCAGUUCGUGCACCUCCGCCAACUGCUGAGACGCGCUGGUCAUCCCGUUCCGGUAGUACUCCUCUAGCACGCUUCGCUGGUGCAGCGUGAUGAGCGUCCUCUUCGUUACGUGUCUCACGACGUUGCCGUUGCACGGCGGGGACGGAGCGGGCGAAGUAAGGACGGUUGGGGUGGUCAGCGACGGGAAACCCGGCGGUGCGGAGCCUCCGUCGUCUCCCAGCUGCUCCACCUCCACGUACGAUUCGCUCUCGCUCCCGUCGCCGCCCAGAUCACCGUCCUGCUGACAGCUAGCUCCGCUGCUGCUCGUGGCGCUCGCGCGGGACGACGUCCCUUCGUGCACCACGUCGCUGAGGCUCCCCUGAUCAGUGGUCGUCUCGGACGCGAAGCUCAUGUCUGUGUCUUCCUUGACUUGAUCAACGCGGCUCUGCUCAGUAUCACGCGAAAUCGUCUUCUUUUGACACUCUAGACACCGUGAUAAAGUGGGCUGAUUGCAUUGAUUGAUCGAUCACGCGCUAAUGACGUCAUCGUUCCGCGGUUUCAAAAUUACGCUUUGUUAGUAACUUUCGCAUAAUUGGGGUCCAUGGAACAACUUUUGAGGGAAGCUGCAUGUCUUGGAAACCUCGAUGCCGUGCAGAAACUGCUGGAGAGCGGAGCCUCGAUCAACUCACAACAUACUUUGAACGGCUGGUAGCAGUUCCCAGUUCAAAUGUAUGGAGUUUAUGGGCUUGGUUGUUUCUAGGACUGCACUUCACUGGGCCUGCAAGCGUAGCCACGUGGUCAUAGCGGAACAUCUUCUCAGAAAGGGAGCUGAUGUCAAUCUUGCCUCCACUAAAGGUGAGAGCGUGGCUCAAGUUACCAGCGAUGACCAAGUCUUGAAGCUACUCUCUAGAUAUGGUUUGACAAAAGAGGCAGCCACCGUUGGAACUCCAGAGAAUAAUUCAUUCGAGAAACAAAGUCCUGGUUUUGUGCCGAACUACCUGCAGCAUCCUGCAUGGCCUUACUACGAUGUCCAGAAAAACCUAGAAAAGCUCCCUGACCCUGACGCACACACUGUGACCACUACAGCGGUUCCCACUUACACUGACGGAGAAAAGAGACUCCCUGAGACCAUUGGUGAUUCACUGGCCAAAGAGAUGGACCAACUUCACCUGUUGAGAACUGAGAAGACCUCCUCGAGUUGUAAGUGUGGACAGAAUCGACCCCACCCCUCCCCACUGUUGGUGAAGGUGAGGGUCAGUGGAAGCGGAGAGUCUGAUUUCGUGGAGGUGGAGGUUGCUCCGCCCACCUACCCCACCCUGGUCUCCGCCUGCUGUGAGGAGCUGGAGCUGUCUCCCUCCGACGUGGCCAAGAUCCGCAAACUGCCCAGCGUCCUGGUCCGCAAGGACAGAGACGUUCAGAGGAUGGCUGGCGGGCAAGAACUGGAGGUGGUGCUGAAGGGAGAAGGUUCAAUUGCAGCAUCUAAUACAUAGUCUUCGUAUGCAUUUGCA